AAACGUGCCACCUUCUCUUUGGGAACGACUCGAGCUGGAUCUCGAGGAAAGUAAAGCUAGCCUCAACGAAAGAGGAAGAGGAAGAGAAAGUGGAAGAGGAAGUGGAAGUGGAAGUGGAAGAGGAAGAGGAAGAGGAGGUGGAAGAAUAAGAGGAAGAAUCGAGGAACUACUAGAGAAAGGUGGAAGAAGACAGGGAGAAAGAAAAAGAGGGAAAAAAAGGAGAAGGAGAAGAAGAAGAAAAGGUGGAAGAGAAGAUAAGAGGUUGCUCGAAUUGCUACCGGUGGUUGCUACUUGGCCAACGGAGCGUCGAGAGUAUCGAGAGUCGAAAAUCGAGGAAAGAAAAUCGAUUUUGUUCGAAGGUUGAUGCGCGUCCACGGGUGACACCGAACUCGUGCGGGAGAGUCCAACAGACAUGAAUAUAACUUUGGCGACGGAGAUACCCAGCAACGACACCUACAACGUUAGCAACGGUCUCGACUGCGGCGGAGAGCCAUAUCAGUAUGGGAUAUUGGAAAGAGUUGGGAUAGUGAUUGUCGCGAUCAUCUUGAGUCUCGUCACGGUGAUCGGCAACAUUAUGGUUAUGAUAUCAUUUAAGAUCGACAAGCAAUUACAAACUAUCUCGAAUUACUUUCUGUUCAGUCUCGCGGUAGCCGAUUUCGCGAUAGGUCUGAUCUCUAUGCCACUUUUCACGGUUUACACCGUGUUAGGUUAUUGGCCAUUGGGCCCAUACGUUUGCGACACGUGGCUCGCCCUCGAUUAUCUCGCGAGCAACGCGUCGGUUCUAAAUCUUCUAAUCAUCAGUUUCGAUAGAUAUUUCUCGGUAACGAGGCCGCUUACAUACAGGGCGAGAAGGACGACUUUAAAGGCUGCCAUUAUGAUAGGAUGCGCGUGGGGUAUCUCGUUACUUCUUUGGCCGCCUUGGAUUUACGCUUGGCCUUACAUCGAGGGCCAAAGAACUGUGCCAAUCAAUGCCUGCUACAUUCAGUUCAUCGAAACGAAUCAUUACAUCACAGUCGGCACCGCGAUAGCCGCAUUCUAUGUGCCAGUCACCGUGAUGAUUAUACUUUACUGGCGAAUAUGGAAAGAAACGAAAAAACGACAGAGGGACUUGCCAAAUCUCCAAGCCGGAAAACAAGAUGCGAGCAAACGCAGUAACUCCAGGUUUGACGAGGCCUUAGAUAUGGACGAUUGCAAGAGACCUCGAAGUGAGUCUAGUACAGGUGCUGAUGACGUACAUGCUCAACAUCUCGCUGCUUCUUACAUCGAGAGACAUUAUCCUGAAUACGCUGGUAAGCAUAGACCGUUUUCAUGGACGUGGCUAAAACUAUGGUGCAUCGCGUGGUGGCACAGUGGUCGCGAAGACGAAGAAGAAGACGAGGAGGUUUGUGGACCGGAAAGCAGUCGUACAGCUCAUGGUUACGAGGACACACUUACGCCACUGUCCGCGGAAACACCAUUAACAAGUACGGUCUCGAGAUGUGAUUCCCUCAAUGCCAUGCAUUCGACGGCAUUGACCAUCGAAAAGACUGCUGGCACCGGAGAACACCUAGAGUCGAAAAAGUCUGCUCGAUCCGGCGAACUCUCCACAAAAAGCAUCUCUAGCGACUCCGUCUACACGAUCGUGAUAAAUCUUCCAACGAGGGAGACCAACGGUGGCAGCAAGUAUAGCGAAGUACGACCAAGUAUAAAGAUGUACCACGAGGAUGCGGUGACCUUUCAGUUACACAGUACGAUAGAAGACGAGGAGACUUUGACAAGUCCGUCAUCGAUGAUCAGGCGUCCCUCGCAAAUGCCGGACAUAAGGAUACCAUUGAGCGCAAAGAAUAUACCGAAGACUUUACCUGCUGGCAAGGGUAUACUUAACAAGGAUAAACCGAAUCAAAAGAAGAAGAAGAAGAUACAGGAGAAGAAGGCCGACAGUAAAGCAGCUAAGACACUCUCUGCGAUUCUAUUGGCAUUCAUCAUAACGUGGACACCGUAUAACAUUCUCGUUCUCCUUAAAUCGAUCACCGCCUGUUCCUGGUACAUACCCCAACAAUUGUGGGACUUUGUCUAUUACCUUUGCUACAUCAACAGUACUGUGAAUCCAAUGUGUUACGCUUUGUGCAACGCGGCCUUCAGGAGGACCUAUAUGAGAAUCCUCGAGUGCAAGUGGCACAGUAGAAACAGAACCGCGGUCGAUAGGGGAUGAUGUCAGUAAAUACGAGUGCUUCGAAAAACAGGACAGAACGAAAAAAAAAAGAGAGAAGAAAGAGAAAAAGAAAAGCGGAACCUACGUAACAUCCACGUUCUUCUCUCCGAAAAAAACCACUGUCCUUAAUGUCCACCCCGACGCUUUUCCUUUCGCCGACAAAAGGAAAAGAGUUUACAUCGAAGCACCGUACCGUUCUCUUAUUACUUUUACCCUUCGCAAUCCCUUCGAUCCCUAUAACCUCUUCCUUCCUACCCAGUCCGCGAAAAGAAUCUUCUUUUUUCUAAACGUGUUGUUUCUCUCCGAGCGCACGAAUCGAACGAGGAAAUCGAGCUGCUCGACUUUCGGAGUCUUAACAGAUAUUUUGUAAACUUGCAAAGUGAAGAAGGAGAACGGAAAAGAAAAAAAAAAGAAAAAAGAAGAAAUCGUGUAAUACGGGAAGAUACUCGGAACAGUUUUCUCUUCUGUUUUAAACGAAAAACGAUCGAGGAACGCUCGCGAUAUAAAAAUGUAAAGAAAACUUGUUUCUUUCCUUUCUCGUCGUCGUUAUUUUAUUUAUUAAUUCUAAUGGACUCCGAAAGAAAAAUUCAUAAUAAUGAGGAAGAAUUAAUGAAGCUAACGAAACUAUACGCAGCACGAUUUCCGAGUUUUGAAAGUAACGCUAAUCGUGGAUACUGCCAUGAACAUAACGUUUUAUUAGUACCUCCUUGUGCCGAUGCGAAAAGCAAGGUAUUCGGAUUAUUAAACGUAAACACAGACGCACACACAUACUCACACACAAAGAGAACACGUGUAACACUAACACGAAUUAAUCUACAUACAGAUAAAUGCAAAAACGUUCAGAUACACCGCACGUGACACUCAAUACACUUAUACAUAAGUAACAUGCAUACAUACAUAUACAUAUACAUACAUAUACAUAUACUGGUACUGAUUUAAUGAAAUCAGUCCGAAACUUGUCCCGCGAAUCUUGGCCGGUUUCUCCACAAAUCGAGAAAAAAAAAGAAAAUAGACAGUAAAAAAAAAAAUGGUCUUUAUAAGCGUUUUGUUUCUCGAGAUUCUAAAGAUUAUAUAAUCUUGGAGGCCGGCAUGGAAGAGCGGGUAAAACGCUAAAUCGCACAAAAAAAAGUAUUUAAGUCUCGAAGAAUAUUAUAUACAUAAAUAUAAUAUAUGAAAACGAUAUACCGUAGUCCGAUCGAUAAAGCGAAGUAGAAGAUGAAGCUCUUCUCCUUUGAUCGGGAAGGAGGAGUGAGAGCGAAAGAAAAGGAGAAAAAGAAAACAAAGAAACAAAAAAAUAUAUGUAGAAAAGAGCGACAAACGUAAAAAAAAUCGAAAAUUAACACGAAAUUCAUCGAUGUACAUUUUAAACAAGUAGUAAUUGAAGUAUAAAACAUACGACGUACACGUUCAUACAUACAUACAUACAUACGUACAUUUAUACAUACACACGCGCGCGCAUACACACACAGAGAACAGAACGUACACAGAAACCAAAAGAAAAAAAAAAAAGAAGAAAAAAAAUCAUUGUAAAUGAGUGUUUUAAAUGUAAUAACGUGAUGGAAGGAGACGAUGCAGACGAGAGAGUGCGCAAAAGACGAACGUUUUAAGUAGUUUAGAUAGCGAGAAAAGUACGCGCUAAAUCGAAUUCUUCCGUACUGAAUGACAUUCUAAUUAUACGUGCCAAACAAAGCUUUAAGAGAUAUCAAUGAAAAAAAAAAGAAUGAAAAAACCAAAAAAUGAAAAAAAAGAACUAAAAAAAACACAAAAAAAAAGAAACAAAAAAUCGAUGAAGAAGAAGAAGAAGAAGAAAAAAAGAAACGAAGAUACCGAGAUCGAUAAUCGUAUUAUAGAAAAAUUUCAAAGAGUAAAGGAGAUGAAACCGAACAAAAAAAAAGGAUAUGAAAUAAAAAUAAAAAUAAAAAUAAAAGUAAAAAUAAAAUAAUAAUAAUAAUAAUAAUAAUAAUAAUAAUAAUAAUAAUAAUAAUAAUGUAUAGGUAUUUACCGAAAGAAAAAAAUACUGUGAAGUUUCGUGGAGGGCGGCAAUAUAGCUAAAAAGCAUUGUACUAAACAAAAGUGACACACACGCAGACGAUUAUAAAUAACAAUUUAUGAGCUCGUAAACGAAUUAAAGUCGGACGUAAUGCAUACAUACAUACAUACAUAUAUACAUAUAUAUACAUACAUAAGUAUAUACAUAUGUAUAUGUGUAUGUACGGCUGUACGUUUAUUAUAAGAGCGCGAGAUGUACCUUUCGUACCGAUUUUCAAUAUCCUCGAAGGACAAAAAAAACAUUUUCUUUAUAUAUAUAUAUAUAUAUAUAUAUAUAUAUAUAUAUAUAUAUAUAUAUAAGGAAAAACGAGUUCUCUUCCUAAAUCAAACGUCUAUGUGAAAUUAAAAAGUUUCGUCUUUAGGUCGUAUCGAUGGUUCAGAAUUAAUGUGCUCAUGUAUAGUAAUCAAAUCGAUACCAAAUCGAUACCAGUAUCAGAUAGUAUCUAAGUUACAAAUAUCAAAAAUAUCGACACCCAUUUGAUACUUCUAUGAAAAUUUUAAACUUGAAUCAAUUUGUCUUUUCUCUCUUAUCGUUAGUUUUUCAAUCGUUGUCCGUUCGUUUCUCUAUCGAUAAAUCAUCAGAGGUAUCAAAGAGGUAUUGCGAUUCGAUGUAAACACUUUUUGAUUUGAUAUCGAUUCAAGAAAUAUCAGUAUCGAAAAUUGAUACCGAUCAAUUAAAAUUGUAAUAGUUAUUUAUUGAUACUUUCCAUUGAGUACUCUGAUAUUACUCUGGUAUCAUUGAAUUGAUUGAAUCAUUAUCAAUAUAUAAUUGUCUGAAUUGUCUGAAUUGAUUGAAUCAUUAUCAAUAUACAAAUAUCGUUAUCGAUUCGAUCACUACUCAUGAAACGAUUAAUGGAAUCAUAGAGUUCUCGUUGACGAUAUCUAUUAGUCUAUAGUUUUUUUAAUAAACAAAACGCGCCAUUAACGAACUAUAUAUAUAUAUAUGUAUAUGUGUAUAUAUAUAUAUAUAUAUAUAUAUAUAUAUAUAUAUAUAUAUAUGUAUAUUUAACGUCGGUCCUUUUUGCACAAAUAGUUGUAGCUGGAAAGAGAAGAUUCUCGUACAAUUUUUUAAUGUUAGAAGAAUGAUCUACGAAUGAUCGACAAAAGAUCGGUUUGAUAGACAUUCUUUUGAAAAAAAUGAGAGAAAAAAAAGAAAAAAAAAGAAGAACAAAAUAAAACGAAAGAAGACUUUAUUAAAAACGAAUAAUGAGUUACGAAUUUUUACAAAAUAUUAUCUUAUGACGCAUAAUACUUGCCCUUUUAAGAACUCGUUGGUUAAUAAUUGCCAAGUAUUUCAAACAAAAAAGAUAUUUCUUUUUUGCGAUACAAUUUUAAAACUCUUUUAUGGACGGAAAAAAAAACAAAAGUAAUGGGAAAAGGAAACGAAUUACUGGCGAAUACAUAGAAAAUCAUUUACGUAAAUCAUUUUGUAAUUUCCUUUUAGGGAGACACUUGUCAUGAUAUAUUAUCACGAAAGUAAAAUGGAGAAAUUAUCGGUUUACAAUCCGAUCUUUUAAAUCGAUCUUUUAAACCUUCGUAAAUACUCCUUUAAAAACAGAGAAACAUUAUGGGAGAAAGUUAAUUGAAGUGAUCGAUACGAAAGGACCAUUUUGCGAUAAAAUCGCGUGUGUAUAGAGAAGCAUAUUAUAGAGAAGAAAUAAAGAAGAGUGGAAGCGACCGCGUCCACACAUUCGCGCGAUACACACACACACGUGCACAAAAUAAUAAUAAUGAUAAUGAUAAUAAUGAUAAGAAGAAGAAGAAAAAGAAAAAAAAACAAACAGAAAUUGGGCAAAACAUAUUCAAUUUAACAAUUACUAAUUAACAUUAAACAAGUAAUCAAAUGACUUAUAAAUGAUUAUGAUUACCGAGUAAUCAAAUUAAUGAUUUACGAUCAUAAUUAUUGUUUAUCAUUCUUUUCUAUCAAUUUUAAUAAUCUCUUAUUUUACGAUUACUAAUUAUCGAUUACGUCGAAGUAUAUGAUAUCAUUGAUGGACUUUGUAAAGAUGAUUAUUUAAACGGACAUUAUUGUAAUCAUAAUCGUUUUACCUGACCGAUUACUAAAGCAAUCAAAACAGUUAUCAAUUAUGCCCUACUCUGAUUAGAAGAAGUAAAGUAUGUUAAUAGAGUGUGGGUCAUCUAAUCGCGAGUGUAACCGACCGAUUGUCCUUCGACAGUCUAACGAAACUGUAAAAAAGAAAAAUUUCACAGCGAAGUUUUCCACUUCGAAAAUUAAUAAUCGUUUUUAAUGGACGUUCGCGUAAUAUUUCAAAUAGUCGAUAUACUUAGAAGAUAGAUUUUCGAUGUGUGAACAAUUUUCUUUACAAAGAAUCCUCCGUAAAACGAUAAUAUCGAACGAAAUAAUCGAUUGGUUUCACUAUAAUGACCAGCACUCUUUAACUCGCACUUUAUAUCUACACUCACUCACAAAUACACAAAUACACGUACACACAUAUACUCACACAUCUACGUAACCUACCUACACGCAAUUACAUCAACACGAACUUAUGCACACACGGAAUGCAGUGUUGUGAGAAGUACCUAUGUAAUUUUGAUACUCGAACAAAGGAAUUGGUUAAAAUUUAUAAUCUCCUGCGCCACGAAUUGAUACUUUAAUUCGAAUAAUUGAAGAUUUUUAACAAGAAGGGUUGAUUCGUUAUCAACAGUCACUUAACUCGCUCGGACUUUUUUCUCGAUCCUUUCGUGCAAUACUCUUUGAGAAUUACCGUGUAUCCAUUAAAUAAUUUUCAUUUUCUUUUUUCUUUUUCUUUCUUCUUUCCUUUCCUAUUCUUCUUUUUUUCU